ACUUCUCUUCACCUGUGUUUCAGGGACCAGGUCAGAAAUGGCUACAAAUGACGGGCAGAAGAUCCCAGAGGAGGAGCAAACUGCAGCCAAGCUGGGAGAGGGGACCAUACCUGCCCCACUCAAGGAAUGGAAAAUUCAAUAUACUAAGGUUGGCAAGUUAAUCAAAGAGGCUGCUGGGAAGAGCAAUCUGAAGAGGGUUACCCUGGAGCUUGGAGGGAAAAGCCCUUGCAUCAUAUUUGCUGAUGCUGACUUGGAGAGUGCUGUGGAAUUUGCACACCAUGGUGCAUUCUACCACCAAGGCCAAUGUUGCAUAGCAGCAUCAAGGAUCUUUGUGGAAGAACCCAUUUAUGAUGAGUUUGUUAGGCGAAGUGUAGAGCGUGCCAAGAAAUACACUCUUGGGGAUCCUCUGAACCCAGGAGUACAACAGGGCCCUCAGAUUGAUAAAGAGCAGUACACCAAAAUACUUGACCUUAUUGAGAGUGGGAAGAAGGAAGGGGCCAAACUGGAAUGUGGAGGAGGACCAUGGGGAGAAAGAGGAUACUUCAUCCAGCCCACAGUUUUCUCUGAUGUUACUGAUGAGAUGCGUAUUGCCAAAGAGGAGAUUUUUGGACCAGUCCAACAAAUUAUGAAGUUUAAAACAAUUGAUGAAGUGAUCAAGAGGGCCAACCAUACUCACUAUGGCUUAGCAGCAGGUAUUUUUACCAAAGACCUUGAUAAAGCCUUGACAAUUUCCUCUGCUCUUCAAGCUGGCACUGUCUGGGUGAACUGCUAUAGUGUGGUUUCUGCUCAAAGUCCUUUUGGUGGAUUCAAGAUGUCUGGGAAUGGGCGAGAAUUAGGAGAAUAUGGUCUCCAUGAAUACACUGAAGUCAAGACUGUCACAGUCAGGAUCUCGGAGAAGAACUCCUAAGAAUUCCACAGGACAUGGAGCUGUUUAUCUUUGAUGGCCAAGUAGCUCUUAUCUAAGCUCGUGAAAGAUUUUGCACCCAGCAUUAUUAUUCCUGAUUUAAAAAAAGAAAAAAGUAAAAUAAAAUAUUAGUUAUAUUAGCAGUAAGAAGUAACAUCUAGAAUAUGUGCUUUAUUCUGAAAGACUCCUUUGCUUUUUGAUGCUCAUGUGAACACGGUGAAUCACAUUCCACUCAAUAGAGAUAGUGGGAGACUUUGACUCAAGAUCUCUCAAGUAUUAGAGGAGUUGUGAGUUUUUCUUAGUAGAUGCUUCUUGUAGAGUUUGAGACAUUUAAAAAAAAUGUGAGAGGACCAGUUGUUGUUUUGCUUUUUGUUUCUAUGAAUGAUUUCCUUGACAUUUUCUGCAUAUGUUAACAACCAAAUAGAUUGUAGUCAGUUUGCUUGUGCUAUGAAGUCUUUCUUGUCUUUGGAAAUGCUUCCUCAGAUGUCAAACCCAUGUCUAAUGAAGUAACUUAAUGCCUGCACUGCUUAACUGUAGUCUGAAUAUAAGCUUCAUUAAAAUAAUC